UAGGAAUUAAAUUUCAUUUGACCAACCCGCUAAGUAAACGAAGUACCUAGGUAUUCCUCAUGUAGCUCAGAUAGACUCUUAUAAAGAUAAGUAAUUGUGCUGUUUACGAUGCGUACAUCUCAUUUAAACUACCUACUAGGUACCCAGUAGUUAUGUCGCGAUACGCCGGUUCCGUAACUACAAUGCUCGUACCCCACCCACAGAAUUUAGACAAGGUCGAGCAUCAAUUGGAGCCUUUUACAUGUGGUGAGCCUACAAGAGAACCUUUGGCAUGGGCUUCGUUGCGUGAGUUGGAUCUGAGCAAAUUCGAUGAUGGAAUUGAGAGUCGGAAACUAUUAGCGGCGGAACUGGUCAAAAGCCUCCACACCACUGGUUUCUUAUACAUAAAAAAUCACGGGUUGCAAUCAACCGUAAUACAACACCACUUGAAUAUAGCGAAUACUCUAUUGAAAAUUCCGUAUGAAGAGAAGCUUGCGUACGAAAUUGUCCAGGAUAAAGCAAGCAAUAAACGUUACCACGGAUUCGCGCCGCAGUCCUACCGCAAGAAGACAAUCUACGAAGAUAACGUCGAGCAUUACAAUAUAUCACGCUUCGUAUCCGAAGUUGGUGAUGAGCAAGAGUCAUCAUUCCCUCCUGUGCUCCAUCCAUAUUUGUCUGACAUCAAGUACCUGUCCGAGUAUGUCCACAAGGUUAUCGCGCGAAAGAUACUCAUCUUAAUUGCUAUAGCUCUUGAGGUAGAUGAGAUGACCUUCACAAACAUACACACCUAUGAGGCCAAGAAUGAUUCUUUUCUACGAUAUAUGCAAUAUCUACCCCGUUCUUCACGGGAUAACGAAGAGAGCAAGGACUUAUAUCUCCCAGGGCACGCCGACUGGGGAAGCCUGACAUUCCUGUUCAAUCAGCCCACAUCGGGUCUACAAAUCCUUGACCAACAGGGCGACUGGAAAUGGGUAAAGUACGUGCCUGACACCAUCGUCGUUAAUGUCGGUAUCGCUUUAGGUGCGAUGACUGGAGAUUACUUGAAGCCGACAAUUCAUCGGGUCAUCAAACCACCCGAGGACCAAGCUCAGCGUCCAAGAUUGUCGCUGAUCUAUUUCCUGCGGCCGUAUGAUACACAUUCUUUAUCCAUGAUUUCAUCUCCCAUCUUGAAGAGGCUAGGGCGCAAACCAACUAUUGACUUAACCAUGGGUGAAUAUACUCGGUUGGGGAAGACUGGAGUAUUCCGAGUAAACUAUGACUCGGACAAAGCAGGCGCCCAAACAAGAAUGUUCAAUCAGAUCAAACAGCAGGCUUCACAAGAAGGAGAAGGUGUCGAUACUGACGCGAGGGAUUUUAAGAGUAUCUAGGUACUCAAAUUGGUGACGUCGGUUCAAUAUGAACAGUACUUACUUAGCA